GUGAUCGGUGAGGACAACGUGGCGGUCCCCUCACACCUGUAUAAGGUGAUCCUGGCUCGCAGAAGCCCAGAGUCGACGGAACCGCUGGCACUAGGGGCCUUCGUGGUGCCCAAUGAAGCCAUUGGCUUCCAACCCCAGCUCAGUGAAUUCCAAGUGAGCCUUCAGGACCUGGAGAGACUGUCGGGACUGGUGUUUUUCCCUCAUUUGGAUAGAACUAAUGGUAUCAGGAAUAUCUGUUCUGUGGAUACCUGUAAGCUCCUGGAUUUCCAGGAGUUCACGCUGUACCUGAGCACAAGAAAGAUUGAGGGAGCCCGAUCGGCCCCCAGACUGGAAAAGAUCAUGGAGAACCUGAAGAACGCAGGGAUUGAGCCCGAUGAUUAUUUCAUGAGUUGCUAUGAGAGGAAACUGGAAGAACUCAAAGCUAAGGAGCAGGCAGGACUCCCGGAGGGAAAGCCGUCCUAG